AUGAAGCCAGUUUUGGCUACUCUUCGACAAAAAGGACACAUUAACAGUGGUUUUAUUGAUGACUUUUAUUUUCAAGGUCAGGAAUUUUCGGAUUGCGCAGUUAAUGUAUCGGAUAGUGUCAGACUUUUUAUUAGUCUCGGGUUGCAUGUCCACCCUGACAAAUGUGCAUUGAUACCCUCCCAAGAGCUCUUAAUUUUGGGGUUCUUAAUAAAUAGUUUGUUAAUGAUAGUAAAACUUCCCCUAGAGAAAAAGGUAAAAUUGAGAGAUCUCUGUUUACAGGCUUUGCGUGGCAACAAACUUACAAUUCAAUUCGUUGCUAGUGUUAUUGGUACACUUAUCUCUGCCCUCCCUGGGGUUGAGUAUGGUCGGUUACACUAUCGCAAUCUUGAACGCGAUAAAAUUCACGCCCUUGCACGGAAUAAUGGAAAUUAUCGGGCAUUUAUGCACCUUUCUGAGGCAGCAAAGCAGGAGCUUCAGUGGUGGACUACACAUGUAAUGCAUGCAUCUAGGCGACUACGUCAUCCCGUCAUCUCCUAUAUCUUUCAGACUGAUGCUAGUGAUCUUGGCUGGGGCGUAACGUGUACUACUAAUCCUCAGUUACAGUCUCAGGGUUUGUGGACAGGUGAACAGCGUACCCUACAUAUUAAUGUAAGGGAACUGUAUGUUGUUUUUAUAUGUUUAACAAUAUUUGGUAUGGAGAAGUCUGACGUCCACAUUAAAUUCGAGUUAGACAAUAUGACUGCCGUUAGUUAUAUCAAUCACAUGGGGGGAUGUAGAUCUUCUGCUUGUGAUACAGUAGCCAGAAAGAUUUGGGCGUGGUGCAUUUCCCACAAUAUAUGGGUCACUGCUAAUUAUAUUCCAGGACCCAGCAAUGUAGUUGCAGAUUCACUUUCUAGAAAACAUCUGUCAGAUCAUGAAUGGCAGCCUAAUACGGAUAUUUUUCACAAACUCUCCAAAAAAUUCCCUAAGUUUAGUAUUGAUCUGUUUGCAUCUUUGUUGAACAGACAGGUAGCACGGUAUGCCUCUUGGCACCCAGAUCCACAUGCUGCAAUAGUGGAUGCUUUCAGUGUAUCAUGGGCGAAUGAAUAUUUUUAUGCUUUCCCUCCUUUUAGUCUCAUUCCGAAAUGUCUGGAGAAAAUCUCUCGAGACCAAGCCGAAGGGGUUUUACUGGUCCCUGCAUGGCCCACACAAACAUGGUACCCUCUUCUUCUACAGAUGCUCAUUCAGCAGCCAAAGCUGUUGUUGUGGACCCCUCAAGUGGAGUUAUUGAGACACCCAUUAGGCAAGGUUCACAGCAUGCAAGGAAAACUGAAGUUGAUGGCAUGUCCCUUGUCCGGCAACAUUAUCAGAACCAGGGCUUUUCUGACCACAUUACCGGUGUACUCCUCGAUUCAUGGCGAAUUUCUACACAAAAACAGUAUGCGAGUUAUCUUAAAAAAUGGAAUUUAUUCUGUCGUGAACGGAAAAUUCUUGCACAUUCCCCUACUUUAAAUCAAGUUUUGGAAUUCUUGUAUACACAAUUGCAUUUAUCAUAUUCUAGUAUUAACAGUGCCAGAUCAGCGUUAUCAUGUUUUCUUUCUAUUGGCAAUUUUCCAGUGGGGAAGCACCCAAUAGUUUGUCGUUUCCUAAAAGGGGCAUUUGAACGGAAACCACCUGCUAAUAAGCAUCAUGCUAUCUGGGAUGUCCACACAGUUUUGGCUUAUCUGAAAACGUUCACCCCUAACAGUGGUUUAAGUCUUAAAGAGCUUAGUCACAAAUUAACAAUGUUAUUGGCUUUGGUGACUAUUCAGCGGAAGCAAACUUUAAUACACCUCAAUAUUAACAAUGGCUGCAUGAUACAAUCAGGGGCCGGUUGUAUAAAAACGUAGUUAGCGCUAACUGUAGUUAGCGUUAAUCACUGUAGUUAAAUCCUUAACUGUAAUUAGUUAGCUACAUGACUUAACUGCGUUGCACAAAACGUAGUUAGCCGGAUAGUUAACUAAUCACGUAGUUAACUGUGCGUGGGGCUUGCGUGGGGCGUUUAAACACAAAAUUACAUAAAGUAAACAGCGAGUAACGACCGCUGACACACAUUUUCAACAUGAUUGUGGACUCGCAUUUUGCAAAUAGGCGGGAAUUUUAUUCAAAACACUAGAAAACAGUGAAAAAUAAACAAGAAAACAAGGAAAAACCGCCACAAAAAUCAUAAAAGAAUGCUGUUUUUCCUUGAGAUGCCUACGUUAAACCAAGGUAUAGUUGUUUGGCAAUUAAUAUCAGUGUUUCUUGGUGUAAUGGACCAUACUUCGUCUUCGGGAAAUCGUCCUGUGCAAAAAUAUGUUUUGUUUUCGUAAAAACACCAAAGCGAUAGCGUUUGAAGAGUUUAUAUUGUCAGGAAACAUUCACAGGGAAGAUAGCGAUUGAAAAUCUCAGUUAACCGUUGCUUUUCAUUGUUGUUUUACUGAAAAAUGUUGUUCACUCCUAUACAAACGCCAUUUUUAACUACGUUUUGGACAGUUAACUAUACCCUAGAGCAUAGUUAACUUUAACUACUUUUUAACUGCAGUUAAGGCUAACUACACUUUUAUACAACCGGCUUAACUACGUGAUUAAAGUUAACUACUUUUUAAGGCUUUUUAACUACUUUUUAACUGCAGUUAGCGCUAACUACGUUUUUAUACAACCGGCCCCAGAUGUUCAAUUUGUGUUUGUUCUUGAUAAGCAUAUCAAACAAAGCAGACCAAAUUAUUCAGUUCCACCUGUUAUUGUUCCUAGAUACAAUUUGGAUCCUGAUGUUUGCCCAUAUUUAUGUUUAGAAGCGUAUCUUGAGAAGACUAAACAUUUACGACAAAGUGUCAAUUUACUCGUUGCAACGAUAAAGCCGCAUCGUGCUAUUGGAUCUCAAACUUUAGCUCGAUGGAUUAAAAUUGUCUUAGCCGGUGCUGGUAUUGACAUUACUUUAUUCAAACCACAUUCUACACGACACGCGGCUGCAACAGCAGCCUAUGCAGCAGAUCUUCCAGUAGAUGAAAUUCUGCAAAGAACAGGUUGGAGUAAUGCUACCACAUUUAGGCGCUUCUAUUACAAAGGGGUUAUUGAGUAG